AUGAGCCGGUGCAUCAAGAUCCACGAGCUGCCGUUCCGCGACCACGACAACAAUGUGUCCCUGAUGGUCUUCUGGGCGCCCUCGGACCAGCCAUUGCCCCCCUUGUACAGCUUCUCCAUCUACGUCACGUGUCCGGAUAUCGCAUCACCAGACCUGUUCAACGCGUCUCAACUCCUCAGGGCCCUCUGCGAGUCCAGCUACGCGCCAGAGACAAAUGCCUACCGCUUGGAUAUCUAUUUCGCGCCAUGGGCGACGGUGGAGCACUGCAUGAAACACUACGAUGCAGAGAGGGCUGUAAGGGGGCUCUAUACUGAGCAAACUGAGGCUCUGCGGAGCCCGAUAGGGUCAAGGAGCAGCGACGAGUCUGCGGGAGGGAGACAGAAGCUCCCAGGGCUGGUAUCUUCAUACCUGCGCACGCCGGCGACAUACCACCACGACGUGCUCUUCAUAUGCGACGAGCCCGACUGGCCAGAUGGCGAUGACUUUUACUUUGUGCAAUUCCGGCCCGCGACGAACCUCGAAGAAUUCGCGUUGGAUGGAGGGCAGAAGCUGGACGAGACGCUCGAGAUUGUCGAGUCGACGAGGAUGCAGAGGCUUCCGGUGUGCCCGGACCCGGAGACAUACGACGGGUCCGGGACGGUGCAGGGGAAGAUGUAUGACAUGUUGCUGCUCAAGGACGAGCAGCUGAGCGAGCCCUACAAGGAGGCGAUGGAGCGAGGGUGGCGGUCGUGGUGA